AUGAAAAUUCGCAAAACGGAGACAACAGUCAACGAUGUCUGCCCUCACGCGUCUGCCCGUGUUCGGGUCGCGCACUCAGCGAUGAGCGCCUUCUUCCCCCACACAAGUGCGUCGCACCGCCCGCCACCGCCGCCGGAGGCGAACCGCGCCGUACCGCUCGCUAUACCGCACCCUGAUAAUGAGUUAUACGAAUACUUAAAUCAAACAGAUCCUUCGACUCGGCAGCUUUAUGACUUUAAAAUAGAACAUCCAAGACCAAUAGGUAUACUCACAACGAGUUCAGGAAAACUAGUCGAGAUAAGAGAAUCUAUAUCAUUAAACUCAGAUGCGUUUUCGAACCAGUAUCACAUCGAUUUAGUUACUCAUACUAAUAAUGAGCGGAUUCCCGAAAGGAUUGUCCACGCUAAGGGUGGUGGCGCGUUUGGGUAUUUUGAGGUGACCCACGAUGUGUCUAAGUAUAUAAAAGCUGAUCUUUUUAACGGCAUUGGCAAGAUAACUCCGUUGGUUGCUCGGUUUUCUACGGUAGCACAAAAUCUCGGCGGGAAUGACCUAGCUAGAGAAGCGAAAGGUUUUUCGAUUAAAUUUUACACUCAAGAAGGAAAUUUAGAUCUUUUAUGCCUCAAUUUGCCCGUGUAUUUUUACAGGGAUCCCCUCAUUUCUGCAAGUUUCACACAUGCUUUUAAAAGAAACCCUAAAACGAGUCUUUUUGAUUUUACCAUGCGCUGGGACUUUGUAACAAAAACACCCGAUUCAAUUCAUGGUUUUUUGUGGUUGUUGUCUGAUUAUGGUAUUCCCAACGGAUACAGAAAAAUGGAUGCUUUCCCUAUCCACACUUAUGAGAUUUACAAUAACGAAGGUGGAAGAUUCUUUGUCCGAUUUAACUUCAGAAGUGAACAAGGCAUACAAAACCUCCCUACUUAUGUAGCAGAAGCUAUAGCAGCUCGUGAUCUUGAUUAUUAUAAUAGAGACUUAUACAAUGCCAUCGCUAAUGAAAAUUAUCCCGCUUGGAAACUUGAGAUGGAUGUUAUGACAUUUAAUGAUAUUAAAAACAUAGAUUACAAUCCAUUUGAAGUCACCAGAAUGUGGAAAACAGGCACUUAUCAUACGGUGCAAAUAGGGCGUCUUGUUUUGGAUAGGAACCCUGAUAAUUACUUUAGGGUUGUGGAACAAAGCGCAUUUAAUCCGGGAAACUUAGUACCAGGUAUUCUUGCACCUCUUGAUAAUAUGUAUAAAUCUAGAAGAUCGGCUUACCGUGAUACACAGGUGUAUCGUUUGGGUGUGAACCACAACAGAAUUGAUGUCAAUACGCCACUUUACUGGAAGGUUUACAAUCGUGAUGGUUUGCCUCCUGUCAAGAAUAAUAUGAAGGAUGCGCCAAACUAUUAUCCAAAUUCAUUCAACGGUCCAAUACCAUACAUAGAUCCAAGUAGACCUAAAGAAAGGCUAACAGUCUAUGAAGCCAAUGCAGUUGAUUUGGAACCAGCAUCUUAUUUCUAUAAUCAUUACUUAACAGAGGACCAAAGAAUAAGGCUUGUCAACAAUACCGCACCUUCAAUUGUACCGGUGGCACCAUACAUGCGUAGAAGAGUGUUACGUCUGUUUACUCUAGUGGACGAAGAAUUGGGUUCGCAAUUGUCCAAACAGCUACAACAAUUACUGAAAGUUCCACCGCCUGCACCGCCCCAAGUGCUGACGGUGCCUAGAAAAAAAUAUUAUGAAAAUGAUUACAGUCAAUACAUAGAUUCACAAAUUAAAAUGUACAGUUAA